UGUAUGAACAAAAAAGCAAAAAAAAUUAUAGGGUUUUAAGUAACACUGUCUUCUUCUUACAUAUAAAAGAGAUUCCUUAUCAAUUUGCACCGUUUCGUUCUUCUUUCUUCAGCUUUGCAUUCUGUUUCAAUUUUUGACCUAAGCUUAAAACAAAGAUGAAUGUAGAAAAGUUGAUGAAGAUGGCCGGUUCUGUUCGAACCGGUGGAAAGGGUACUGUGAGAAGAAAGAAGAAGGCUGUUCACAAGACAAAUACUACAGAUGACAAAAGACUUCAAAGCACCCUGAAGAGAAUAGGGGUUAAUGCUAUCCCUGCUAUUGAGGAAGUCAACAUCUUUAAGGAUGAUGUCGUUAUUCAGUUUUUAAACCCCAAAGUACAAGCAUCUAUUGGUGCCAAUACUUGGGUUGUUAGUGGUUCUCCUCAGACAAAGAAGUUGCAGGAUAUUCUCCCCAGCAUCAUCCACCAAUUAGGGCCAGAUAACUUGGAAAAUCUGAAGAAGCUAGCUGAGCAAUUUCAGAAGCAGACUCCUGAAGCAGGAGCUGAUGCUACCACAGCACAAGAGGACGAUGAUGAUGCAGUACCAGAUCUUGUCCCAGGGGAGACUUUUGAGACAGCUGCUGAGGAGGUUAAGGCUUAAGAGUUUCACUGUGCCAUCUUUAUUUUUGAUGUCUUCUUUUUUUUCUUUCCAAAUUAUGUAUUUCAGGUGAUUUUGUUGCUCCAGUUAACACUCUUAAAUCUGCUCUCUAUUGUCUAACGAAAUGUAUCUACCUGACUGCACUGAGUUUGUCUAUUGUAUGUGCAUCAUUAUUGGAGGUAGCAAUCAAUUUUGGUAUUGUAUUCUUAAUAUAAUGGUCUCACUUAAGUUAAGCGUGCAAA